AUGUCUAAAAAUGCAGAUAUUAAACGUUUAAAGGAAGAGAAUGAAGAUUUGAAGAGUCAAAUUGAAAAAUUGGUGGAAAAAGUAGAUAAUUUAAGUCAAAAUGUCUUGUCAACGAAAGAAGCGAGCAGUGCUAUUAAAUGGCCACAGUUUAAUGAUAUAUCAUUAAACUGUGAUAAUGGCCGAUCAGGCGAGCAAGAAGAACCUUUGUCGUCUGAGAAAAAGAAAUCCGUUGAAUUCCUCAGUAAUCAGUAUGAUCAAGUCCUGAAGGAACUUGACCAGAUAAAAGCUGAAAUAAAAGAA